AUGCUACUACCUGCAUCCAAAUCCCCGCCAAAAUCAACUGGAAAUCGAGAGGGUGAAGAGAGCAUAACAGCUGCUCCUUUUCAAGGCCUGCCGGGAUUACUUCAGCAUCACGAAUCAAUUCAACAACUGAGUCCUGGUUCAGGAACAGGAUGUGCGACCACCUAUAACACAGAGGACAAUGCGGCGGCACUCCUCACCCCCAGUACACUAGGCACAUCUCCUUGUAUAUCAAGACAAGGGAAUGGCAUCUUCGAAGCGCACUUGUCGGAAGAACCGGGAAAUAAUCAACUUUUCGAAGCCCAAGGGCCGUUCUCUGCAGCCGACGCGACUUACGCGACUUCCUGGACUCUGGAGCAGCCAAUUAAGCUCUUAGAAUUCGACCUUUUUCUUUUUCGGCAUUUUGUGGAGGCUGUGAGCAAGUUAUUGGAUUUGCAUGACCCAGAGAUCCAUUCUGCAAGAAUAGUUCCGCACCUAGCUCUGAGAAACGUCGGCUUGAUGAAAGCAUUGCUGGCCCUUUCAGCGCGCCAUUUCUCUCUGGGAGAGGGACAAAGGGGGGAUUUUAGCUGCACCCCAUGUGAAAAGGCCGACGUCGAAAAUGAUGGAGACAGUGCAGUUGUUCGCAGCUUAGCGGCGAAAUACUACACCGAGUCCCUUCAUUACCUGAAAUCGGCCAUACAUCAUCCAUCUCAUACUCAGAGCUUAGAUCUUGUUGCCGCUGCCAUUCUCAUCAGCACUUACGAAAUGAUUGAUGGCUCGACUCCAAAUUGGAAAAGGCGCAUCGAAGGAAUCUUUUGGAUUCAACAGUUCCAGGACAUUGAUGGUGAUUGUAAAGGACUUCGGUCGGCCCUCUGGUGGGCUUGGCUUCAACAAGAUACUUGGUCCGCCCUACUCGAGCGACGUCGUAUACUCAGCAUAUGGAAGCCAGGAAAGGAAAUUGCAUCAUUAACAGCUCCAGAGUUAGCUAGAUAUACAUGGUAUCUGCUCGGGCAGUGUGUCAACUACACAUCGCAAGAAGAGAGCCAAGUGGACGCCGUGCGGCGUGCUGAUCGAGGAAGUGAGCUUCUACAUAUGCUCAAAGAAUGGCGUGAAGCUCUUCCGCCAGAGUACAACCCUCUGCCAUUGACCUCAGAAGAAAAUGUUUUCCCCGCCAUAUGGGUUAACCCAGCAUCCUAUGCUGCGGCUUUACAAAUCCAGAGCCUCUCCCUCGUACUUGUGGUCUCGCACCAUCCUUCAUUGGGAUGUAUUGCCAACGAUCGGCGGCCAAACCACGUGUUAGCUGCAGCUAUGAAGAUAAUAUGUGGAAUUGCAAAGUCUGUUCACGCAGAUGACCUGGCCGCCAAUAUAGUGUCGAUUAAUUGUCUGUAUGAAGCGGCAAACUUUCUUUACGAUGAGCAUGAACAACUCGCACUUUUGGACCUUCUCGACCUUUUUCAACAGAGACUCCGGUGGCCUGAAAGGUCACUUCGAAAGGAGGUCGAGCUUCAUUACUCCAAAAAUGCCUUCGAUACGAUGGUGAUAUAA